ACAAGCAAUUAUAAUUUGUGCAAGAUUUUAAUUCUAAUAAAUUAUGGCUAACAAUUAUUGUCUAAAUUUGUCAUUUCUCAUUGGUAUUUUUAUUACACUUUCAAUAUGUUCAAAUAUAUAUUGCAACGUUUUAAAUCAAAAAAUGUUACACAGGCAACAUUCAAAAUUAAUAGUCAAACGGCAAAUAAUUACAAAUACAAAUGAUAAUACAAAUGAGACAUGUUGCUUAAUAAAUUGUAAAUUAGAUAAUAAUAAUAAUAAUCAUCAUCAUCAUCGACACUGUUGCCAUAGUUCCGAAGAAAAAAGCAAUGACUGUAGUGGAUCUUUAACUAGUUCUGACUUUAGUUCUGAACAUAUUUCUGGCCCUAGUUCAGAGUGUGAUUCUAGUUCAGAAUCUGAUCCUAGUUUAGAAUCUGAUCCUAAUUGUGACUCAUCUAGCGAUUCUUCUCCAGAGCAUCAUCAUCAUCAUCAUCAUCAUCAUCAUCAUCAUCAUCAUCAUCAUCAUUGUAACAAUCAUUGUAAUAAAAGUUAUUGUCAUGAUAAUAAGAAUUGUAAAUGUGACGACGAAAAUAGUAAAAAAUGUCAAAAUUCUUCAGAAAACUGUAAGGUUAAGGUUAAGAUCGUUUCAAGACUCUGAAUAUAGC